UAGAGCAAAGAGAAGGGUAAAACAGGGGAGGGCUUUUAAAUGAGAAUUCUUCAGCAGGCUGAGUGCAAAAUACUUGAGGCGUGGUUUUCAAUUCUUUCCGUAUGCGCUCUGAUCCCUCAGGAAAGGCAGAAAAGAAGCUGUAAGUAGGGUUUAUGACUCAAGCUCAACCAAAUCAAGUUUAGGGUGACAAUAGGAGCACUCUUAAAAAUGUCAACUCUCAGCUGUAACAAUGAGAAGAAUUUGAAGGAGAGUCAACAGAACACAGACGUUAAGGAGGAAACGAGAGAUUUUUCCACUGAGACAUUGCUGCCUCAAGAUGUGUUAUGUGACUCCUGCAUAGACAGCCCCAGCAAGGCCCUAAAAUCCUGCCUGACCUGCCUGGUUUCUUACUGCGAGGCCCAUCUCAGACCCCAUCUGGAGAAUGUCAAAUUUCAAAACCACCGUCUGGUCGAUCCCCUCCAGGACAUUGACUGUCGGACCUGUGAGAUUCAUCUGCUCCCUCUCGAUGGCUUCUGUCUGACCGAUGGCUGCUGUGUGUGUCUGGACUGUGUGAACCAGGAGCAUGUAGGGCACACGACUGCGUCCGUGGGGGAGGCACGCACACAGAUUGAGGUAGAGCUGCAGAAGAAGCAAGAAGAUAUCAGUCAGAGUGCUUCAGCAACCGAGAAAACAAUUGGAAAACUACAGAGCAACAAUGACUUGAUUAGGUGUUCAGUGCAGGAGGUUUGUGUUAUUGUUGAACAGCAGUUUGCCAGGCUGCACACAACUGUAGAAGAGGCCAGAAAAGGGGCAGUGGAGGUGCUGGAGGCAGAGCAAAGACAGGCCCUCAGACAGGCAGAGGGAAUCCAGGCACAUCUGGAGCAACGAAGAGCAGAGCUGAUGAAAACUUUGGCUCGAAUGAACAAACUGUCCAGGAGCAAGUGUGAUGUUGACUUCCUGCAGGAGUACUCAGAGUGGAAGAAAGGAGUGUCAGAUGUAUGUAUGCCUACUGCGUAUAUCAACCGCAUGGACCAUCUAACAUCUUAUGCCCAAGUAGUGACUGAUGCUACAAAGGAGCUGUGUGACCUGAUCCUCUCCUCCUACAGGGAAAAACUGAACUUGAUUUGUAAAAGUGGUGGUAAAUCCCCAAUGCCAGAAUCUCCACCUUCAUCCCAACCUGAUCCUGAGACACGAGAGGACUUUUUGAAAUACACAAGGAGUUUGACUUUUGACCCAGACACCACUCAUAAUUUCCUACAUGUGAAGGAGGAUAAUAGAAAGCUGACCAACACCAGCCCCUGGCAGCACAGCUACCCAGACCACCCUGAUCGCUUUGAAUAUUGGCGUCAGGCAGUGACUUUGGAGAGCCUUUACCAGGGGAGGCACUACAUUGAAGCAGAGUUGAGUGGGGAAGGUGCACAUGUAGGAGUCACGUACAAGAGUAUCGAUCGUAAGGGGGAGCAGAACACCAGCUGCAUCACUGGGAAUGACUUUUCCUGGUGCGUGGGAAGGAACAGCCGAGGAUUCUUUGCUUGGCAUGCUGGUCUUGAGGUGCCCUUGGAGGUCACUCAUAUCACAAAAGUUGGCUUAUAUGUUGACUUUCAGACGGGCUCUGUGUCGUUCUAUGAUGUAACUGAUGCUAUGAGGCUGCUCCACAAGUACACAGCUAAUUUCAUAGAGCCCUUGUAUGUUACAGCUUGGCUGUCAAAGAAAGACAAUAUAGUUUCUCUGGUUGAUACAAAAUGAUGCCUCUUGCCAUGUUUUACUCACAGAUUUGUCUUUACUGCAAGCUUGUUAAAGAAAACUAGUGCAUUUUAAAUGUUUAUUGAGGUUAUAUAACAAAGUACAUAAAGUUAUGGUGCCUAUGGAGGAAUUUUUCUCAUACAUGUCAUUGAAGGUUAAAUUUACUACAAUCUAGUGGCAACUGUGCAGCAUUAACGUAAGCAACUUAUGCAGCAAUGGGUGUGUUAGGAAUUUAAUGCAGCUUUAUUGCAACUUUAUUGCUUUUGAAUGUGAUAUGAAUGAGGGAAAAAGUACACAAAUGUCAGCCAGCAAUUCUUUUAUUUGUCUUGCAACUCAAUUUGGCAAUUAAAAGCGUCAGCAUUUUUUACAAG